UAUUAAAUCCCCUGCGCUCUGCUCUGUCUCCCUUCCGGAAACACUACAUUUCCUCGUUUUCCUCACCGCUUUAAAACCUCUGGUGUUGUCACUUGUUAUAUUCACCCUGUUCACCCGAAGCUGACAUAUACUUAUUAAAACAUAAAGAUGGAGGGUUUGAGCCGUGCUAAUAGUGCCUUCGCCAUGGACCUGUACCGGGCAAUAAGCGCUGAUGCCCCGGAUGGAAACCUGUUCCUUUCCCCGCUGAGCAUCAGCGCCGCACUCAGUAUGGUCUACUUAGGAGCCCGAGGAGCUACAGCUGAGGAAAUGGCUACGGUCUUGUCCUUCAGUUCAAUCCCUGAUGUUCACAAUCAUUUCAAGACCCUCAACUCUGCAGUAAACAGCCCCAAAGCCUCCUACAUCCUCCGACUGGCCAAUAGACUUUAUGGAGAGAAGACUUUCAAUUUCUUAUCAGAUUUUGUGGACUCCACUCAGAAGUUGUACCAAGCUGACAUGAAAGCAGUAGACUUCAUUGGGUCAUCAGAGGAGUCACGGAAGCUCAUUAACCACUGGGUGGAAGAGAAAACUGAGGGUAAAAUCAAAGAUGUUCUGCAGCCAGGGAUGGUCACAGCAAUGACUCGACUUGCCUUGGUGAAUGCUAUUUAUUUCAAGGGGAAAUGGAAGCAUGUGUUUAAUACUGAAGAGACUAAAGAGAUGCCCUUUAAGAUCAAUCAGAAAGAGACAAAGCCUGUGCAGAUGAUGUACCAGACAAAGAAAUUCCUUUUCAACUAUGUCGAUGAGUACAGGCUGCAGGUGCUGGAUUUACCGUAUGAAGAAGAGGAACUCAGCAUGGUGGUGCUUUUGCCUGAAGAGUCUCAGGAUGGCUCAGACCCUCUUCACAAGCUGGAAAGUGAACUAACGGUGGACAAACUGCUUGAGUGGACAAAUCAAGAGAAGAUGGACAGAUGGACUAAUAUCAAUGUCCAUUUGCCAAAAUUUAAGCUGGAAGAGCAAUAUUCUUUGCAGGGUAUACUGAAUAACAUGGGCAUGAGCUCUUUGUUCAAAGCCAAUGCUGCAGAUCUGACCGGCAUGAGCAGCGGUGGAGGUCUUUUUGUGUCUUCAGUGGCACACAAAGCUUUUGUGGAGGUUAAUGAGGAAGGCACUGAAGCAGCAGCCGCCACAGUUGUAAUGAUUGCGCUAUGCAUGGCACGAGAAGAGCACUUCAUGGCGGACCACCCCUUCCUGUUCUUCAUCAGACACAACCCCACUAAAAGCAUCCUCUUCUUUGGGAGAUACAGAGGCCCACAGUAGAAAUUAACUCUAUAAUGACAGCAAAAUCAAAAUGUUUGUUUAUAAAAAUAAAAUCUGUUAAAUGUGCUUUGAAAUGAAGAGAGGUUGCUUUGGAUGAUGUACAUUACUGUAAAUCACAGAAACAGAACGAACAUUACCUUUUGAAGUGUAAACAUACAAUAAACCACUUCAUAACAACA